UCCUCCUCAGUUCCCUCCUAACCUGGGUGGUUGAGAGAGACAGGCUGGAACCUUGUGUUGAGUGUGUAUUGCAUUGUAUUGCAUGACCCUAAUAACUGGUGCAAUGAACAUGGUACAUUUAGAUAACUGGUACACUGGUUAUGGCGGUUUAGAGUAAACUAAAGAACCCCUUCUGCACUUUAAAAUGCUGUGGCUUUAUGUGUUAUAUUAUAACCACAUACUUGCAGCAGAGAGAGAAUGACUCACUUCCCAAAACAAGCUGGGAAUGGACCUGUUGUUUUUUGUUUUUUUAUAACUGUCAGCAUGCAUGCUCCCAGUAUACAUAGUUUCUUAUACUGCAUUUUUGUAAUUUAAAUAAAUUGUUUUUAGUACAGAUCUGUUUCACUGAUAAAAAUUAGUACUAAUACUUCACAUUAUGCAAUUUUUAAGCAUACUGGCCAAUACCAGUCAGCAACUCUCCUGUCAGCUUAGGGGAGAGUUGUUGUAAAAUCACAUAUAUGGCAAACCUUAUUUAUGGUCUGAUUAAGGGUUGGUCACCUUACCCAUUCAGGCUCUAGAAUUGUAUUUUCAAAACAAGGACUCCCUAACAGAGUGACAAAAUGUUUAUAUUGCUAUAUUUUGCUAAACCUGUCAUUUAUCUAAUAUAACAUAAAGCUGCUUCUUUAAACUUAUAGUAAUGAUUAGCAAAUGUUUUUAGUAUAAUUAGGCCAAGAUGUUAUCAGGAUAUAUCUAAUUUCCUCUCAACAGGAAGACUAUAAGGGUUCUUUUUUUAAACUGUUUUUCUAAACCACAUAGUGCAACAUGCCUACAGUUUGAUUUCUUUUUCUUUAUUGUUAGGCCAGAAAAAUAUAAAAGUUAGAUGCAACCAGACAUUGGUUAAGACAUGCAUCAUGAAAAUCAUGCAAAACCUUCGUGUGUGGUCAAAUGUCAAGAAAAAAAAGCCUCAUGAAAAGUUAAAAAAAAAACUUCCUCAAAUGUUUCACCGGAAGGAGAUGUGGUGAUAAGUAGUGUUUUUGCACACAAUGCAGCUGCACCAUUAACCUGCACACAUCAACCAGACUGGACGCACAAUGAAGGAGGAAGACAUGAUUUAUACUGUGGUGGAAGUGCUCAUUGCUGUUAGUUGCUGUCUGGGUAACAUGCUGGUUAUUUUGGCCCUUUGGAUCAGUAGAAACAUUCAGCAGACGACCUUCUGCCUUAUUGUCUCGCUGGCUGUGGCUGAUUUUCUGGUAGGUUGUGUGGCAAUACCAUUGGCUGUAGUGGUGGAUGGACGAAUGAAGACUUCAUUCAAGACCUGUCUCUUCAUCAGCUGUGUGGUCAUCCUGCUGACUUUCGUCUCAGUUCUGUGCCUUGCAGCUAUUGCUGUAGAUCGUUUCCUUCGGGUGUGUAUCCCUAUCAGGUACAAAAGGACUGUAACACACAGACUGUCUUGUUGUGUGGUAGCAGCAUGUUGGCUUGCUGCUGUUCCUCUCAGCUUUACUCCCAUGUUUGGAUGGCACAAGAAUGAAACUUUCAGUAUUACAACCUGCAGGUUUAUAGAUGUCAUCCCAAUGUCAUACCUGGUUUAUUUCAACUUUUUUCUCUGCUCAUUGACGCCUCUGUUGGUAAUGACUGUGUUAUACAUCUAUGUCUUUUGCACAAUCAGAAGAAACCUUCGAGACAAACCAGGGAGCCAUGCCCGAAAUUCGUACAACUACUUAAGGAAAGAGAAACAGCUGGCAGGAUCUCUGUUUCUGGUACUGGCCUUGUUUGGCCUGUCCUGGCUCCCUCUCCACAUAAUGAACUGUAUUCAGUACUUUGGAAAUAUUGAGGUACCAAAACAAGCUUUUAAUGUUGGGAUUGUGCUCUCUCAUGCUAACUCAGCUGUCAACCCAGUUGUCUAUGCAUUCAAAAUACAAAAAAUCAAAAGAGCAUAUCUAAAGAUCUGGAAAGAGUGCAUUUCAUGUGCAACAGAAAAGCAGGAAUCACAGAUAAGCCAGACAACAGACAAGUCCAGCAGUAACAAUGACAGUCUGGCCAAAAAUGAAUGAAGGCUGACUUCCUUGUUUAUUUCUAUUUUAUUAGGGA